UGUGCUCAAUUUCCCAGAUCAAACAAACCGUUCGUCAUGAAUGGCACGGAGGGACCAGACUUUUACGUUCCCAUGUCCAAUGUGACUGGCGUGGUGCGCAGCCCUUAUGAGUACCCACAAUUCUACCUGGCCUCACCGUUGGCAUUCUACUGUGUCGCCGCAUACAUGCUCUUCCUCAUCGUGACCUGCAUUCCCGUCAACGGCAUUACAUUGUACGUGACCAUUGAAAACAAGAAGCUCCGGACACCCCUGAACUACAUCCUUCUGAACUUAGCCGUGGCCGACCUCUUUAUGGUUUUUGGUGGAUUCACGACCACCUUCUACACCUCCUUACACGGAUAUUUCGUCCUAGGACGUGCCGGGUGCAACUUGGAGGGUCUCUUCGCUACUCUCGGUGGUGAGAUUGCGCUCUGGUCUCUGGUUGUCUUGGCUGUGGAGAGAUGGGUGGUUGUCUGCAAGCCCUUCACCAAAUUUCGCUUCACGCAACUCCACGCCACUUUCGGUGUCGCUUUUUCUUGGAUAAUGGCCUGUACAUGUGCCUUACCGCCUCUCUUCGGUUGGUCCCGCUACAUCCCUGAGGGCCUGCAGUGUUCAUGUGGAGUGGACUAUUACACGUUGAAUCCGGAGACUGAGAACGAGUCUUUUGUCAUCUACAUGUUCGUCGUGCACUUCUCAAUCCCUCUCACCAUCAUUUCUUUCUGCUACGGCCGUCUGCUUUGCACAGUCAAGAUCGCAGCCGCCCAGCAGCAAGAAUCGGAGACUACCCAGAGGGCCGAGCGAGAAGUUACUAGAAUGGUAAUACUCAUGGUCAUCGCUUUUCUGAUAUGUUGGCUCCCCUACGCCAGCGUCGCCUGGUAUAUCUUCACCCACCAGGGAAGUCAGUUCAGCCCUAUUUUUAUGACCAUCCCGGCAUUUUUCGCCAAGAGCUCGGCCCUCUAUAACCCACUCAUUUACGUCUUCAUGAAUAAGCAGUUCCGUCACUCCAUGAUGUUAAUUCUGUGCUGUGGAAACGAUCCCUUCCAUGACGAGGAGGAAGGAAGUUCUACCUCAAAGACCAAGACAGAGACCUCAUCUGUUUCCAGCUCUGAAUCUUCUGCCUGAGGGUCACGCUCUGGGCUAUUUACAGGAUAUUCAAUUCAUCUGUCUGCAGUCUAUGACAGUUACUUCCCUGUAAUGAACAACAUGUGGGAUGUGGAUGACUGUGGAUGUGAGCCUAAAGGUAUCUCUAUUAGACAAGAACGGCACUUUACUACUACUUCACGUGACAAUGAACAGUGGAGUUUUGGCUACUGAUAAUGUAGCUUUACCAUUACACAAACAAAUUACAAAAUUAUUUUUAAAUAUAAAACUGUAUCAUUUUUAAAAUUUAGUUUAAUGAAUUUGAGCAGAACAAAUAAAACUGCUACAUAGAGCCAGUGUAUAAAAGUAACAAGUAUACUGAAAUUAGCUAUCUCUGUUUUCUUUUUAUUUAUUAGACAAUUAAAAAGUGUCUCUAACACUAGCUUGCUCUAUACUUUUUAUUAUAUAACCUUGCUACGUGUACUGCAUUAGGCUAAUUGAGACUUGUCAUAGCACUUGUGUAUCAUUGCUCUUUUGUUGAUUUUGAUUGCGUCCAUUGUCCUCAUUUGUAAGUCACUUUGGAUAAAAGCUUCUGCUAAAUGUCGAUGUAAAUGUAACUCUGAUCACUGCAACAAUGUUACCAAUGGAAUGUGCUAAAUAGGACCGAGAUAAAUACAAAGGUGUUCAAAGAAUCCCUUUUUUAUUAAAUGUAAAGGCCACAGUAGAUUUCAUACUUCUUGUUAAGUGAUUUACUGUGCUUUAUGUGCUGAAAUCUAUACUACAAUAUCAAACAGUUCAUUGCAAAACUGCAAAAUGUUUUUGUUUGUUUUUUUGACUGCCAAAUGCAACAACAAACAAAUGCAUUGUCUGUUAUGCGAGCAAGGAAAAUUAAACAUUUAAUGCAA